GAUCAAUUUGCAUACUACAAUACAGGUCCAUUUGAGCACAAUGAAGAAUGGCACAAAAUAAUGAACGCUAUUGAAAACACCCCAGUUAUAUUAAGAGGGAAUUUUGAAAACAAUGAAUAUUUAUUUACAGAAGCUGGUACCGGUAAGUACAUUUUUCAUUGGUCUAAGAGGUCACAUGUUGAAGUUUAUUUCAUUAAUUUAUAUAUAUAUAUCAUCUGGUGUUGUUGCUUUCUUGAUGAUGCUAAAAAACAAAACAAAUAAUAUUCAUCAUAAAUUGAAUUUUCAAAAAUAAUUUACUGGUUAAAACAAAAAUGUAAACAGAUAUAUUAUUAAUAAUUUUUGAACAAAUUUUUUUUUAAAAUUUAGAAAUAUUAUUUAAGCUAUUUUGUUUCGGUUUUUAUUCAACGGCAUCUUGUAUUCCGCAGAUGUGUUUAAAGUCCUUAUGUUCGGCAAACCAAUUGGAUCUGUGUACUCAGUCAUGCACCAAUUAGAUAAUAUGGGCGUUGCGUGUCAGUACAGGCAUUUAGAUUUACUAACCGAACUUGAAGAGAUAAGUUAUUUUACUGCUAUUCUUUUGGUGGUCUCUUGUGCUAAUUUAUUGCAACGAGACAAGGAUGUGUUAAGAAAAGUUAUUACAAAAUACAGCCAUGCUAUUCGUAAAAAUGGUAUUUUGAUAGUCAUUGAUGGGGACACGGUAGAUCUACGUCAGAACGAUCACACUUUUGCAGCUUGGUGCAACAAAGAAAAUGACAUCAUCAAAGACAUGCUAUCCGCUUGUGCAGGCAGAGCUGUUCUUUUCGAUUAUGAAACAAGU